GAACAAAUGUCACCAAUGUGAAAACAGUGCUAUUUGUAGGCCAAGCUAAGAAAACGUAAAUAUAAGCAUUGCAGUUCCCCUCAUUGUAGCGCCAGCGAAAUAAUCAUGGCCAAUUAAAACAACAACCUUAUGCAGUUAACCUUUGACUCACUUUCCUAAUUCGUACACAAGUACAAAAUGGCGAGUCGACUAGUCAACACGAGCAAAAAGAAACAAAUCUGCAUGUAUGCAUCUGAAAAUAAGAAAGCAAGUCAGCAAGACAUCGCAAAUGUUUUCUCUCCUAAGUGAGGCAUAUACUGUUAAUCAAAGGACAAUCUGAGACAUUCUAAUGGAUAAGGGCGUCUGCUAAGAAAUACAAAUAAAUAAUAAUGGAUCAACAAACGGCUUACCUUAAUGGAACAGGUCGAUUUGUUUACCUGAAAAAGGCUUGACGCAGUCUAAAAAGUGACUUUUAUAAACCACACAGGAGUAAGAAGCACAAGAAGGAAAAUUAAGAAGAGAAGAUGCCUGCUCCUCCACCUCCAGCCCCUCCCCCACCUGCCGCCCCCCCACCUCCCACAUUCUCACAGGCCAGUACACAGAAACCUGCUCUGAACAAAUCACAACAGAACGGAAGAAAUGCUCUUUUGACAGAUAUUUCAAAAGGAACGAGGUUGAAGAAAGCUGUAACAAAUGACAGAAGUAGCCCAUUGAUUGACAAGCCCAAAGGGUCAGGCGGUGGAGGAGGUGGAGGAGGUGGAGGAGGUGGAGGAGGAGGAGGAGGUGGAGGAGGUGCAGGUGCAGGAGGCGGAUUAGGUGGACUCUUCCAGGGAGGCAUGCCAAAGCUGAGAUCUUCAGGGAGCAGAGAAAAUUCUGGUGGGAGCAGAGCCCCAAUAUUGCCCCCUGGAGGACGAUCAACAACUGCCAAGCCUUUCGGUGGUAGCUCUGCCCCCCCACCCAGAUUUUCUGGAACACCUCCUGUCCCGAGAAACAGUGCUCCGGACUUUCCUAGAGGCAGGAUGACACCCCCCAGGCCAGAGAGUGGAGUGGGGGCCCCUCCCGUGCCCAACACGCCACGCCCCAUGCCGUCCGGUAUGCAGAACAGAGGCCCCCCACCAGUGCCAGGAGGAGGCAGGCCAUUCAACCCCAGCCCUGCUCCGUCUCCACCCUCCUUCGGUGGCAGGAAUCAGGGCCCACCAUUACCAGGAAGCUCCCCCUUCUCUCGUCAGCCUUCCCAUUCCAGCCCUCCAGUCCCCAGCUCAGGCCGGCCUCCACUCCCUCCUGCACCAGGCAGGCCCAUGGAGGACAGGCCCCCACACCUUCCCACAGGAGGCAGGUCCUCCCUGCAGAGAGACGGGCCCCCAGCCCUUCCCUCUCAGAACAAUAAGCCUCCAGUUCCUGCUGUGCCUCGGCCUUCAGUCGCUAGCGGGGCUCCUCCUCCUCCUCCCCCCAGCAGACCAGGCCCAUCUGCCUUCCCUCCCACCCCCCGCGGUGAUGAAGAAACUCCCAGGCUCCCCCAGAGGAAUCUGUCUCUGAACUCUCAUGCUCCAGCUCCUCCACCGCCGAUGUCUGGCCGAACCGGCCCCCUCCCCCCACCUCCCAAUGAGAGACCACCACCCCCCUUCAAAGAACCUCCUGGCCGAUCAGGGCCCCUCCCCCCUCCACCUCCCGUUGGCAGGAAUGGAGGCAGCGUAAGGUCAUCCCCUCCGCCACCUCCACCCAACCGGCCUGGAGCCGAGCCCCACAGGGGCGGGGGGAGACCCCCACUCCCUCCUGACAGACCUGGUGCUGGAGCUCCUCUCCCACCUCCACCACCAAUGAGAAACGGCUUCCAAGACUCUCCCCACAUGGCAUGCGAAGAUGAGUGGGAAGGCAGAUUCUCUUUUCAUCCUGUUUCAGAGUUGCCACCACCUGACCCAUAUAUACCAACUCAGAAGGUCUACCCCAGCAAACUGGGAAGAAAUGAAAGCAGAGGCUCAGUAGGAAGAGAAAGAGGUGCUCCACCACUCCCCCCUAUUCCAAGGUGAUCUGGGUGUCUGCACAGGAUUACCACUCCUUCCAUCGGGAGCUCUUUUGUUUCUUUACAGGGCUGUGCCCAUGGUCAUUUCUCUUGUGCUUUUUUCUGUUGGCUUUGUUCAGUGUCUGAUAAGUCUUGCAGCAUUGGGGCUUCAGUGAAGUACCAGUGUCUUUUGCUAGUAAAAGUGCCUUACAAAACUACUGUGUUUCCAAAACUAUAGACGUACAGACACGUUUCUGAGUGUGUGUUUUGUAGAUAACACAUUUAACAUGCUUUUCUACAAGACAUUUCAAUUAGCAUAACAUAAGGACCAAUUUUUAAUUAAUAUUUGUAUUUUUUUUAAUGCACACGACUGCUGUAGCAAACAAAAGAAAAAAAAAGUUAUGUUUUAAAAAAGUUGAUAUCUGUAUGUAUGUAUUCUUAUCAAAGCACAGACUGAUGCAGACGUUUGUGGGUUUUUUUUACAUUAAGUAAACUCUGCAAGGAAAAAAAAAUUAAAUUGUUCUCUCACAGAUCCCACAUUUUAGUUAAUGGGUUUUAUAUGAAAAAAGAAUACUGGGAAAAUAUUCAUGAAAAUAAUGCAUUGUAUUAGGUUAUAUAUCUGUGGUUAGUCAUUAGCAUCAUUUGUUGUAAAGAAUAUUUUUAUCCUCAAAAGAAUAAUGGUUUAUAUGAUGUUGCGCUCACAGUGUUACUGUGCUUUAACUAUGCAAAUCUACAUGUUUUUUAAAAAUAUAUAUUCUUCUUGAAAAUGCCUUAUUUCAGAGGAAAGAUUUUAUUGUUUUUUGAAGCAAAAAAAUGUUUAACUACGUGAACAGUAAACAAAAUGAUUGUGCAAUUGCUAUUUUUCAAUAUCAGUCCAUGUUUAUAAUUGAUUGACAAGUAGUUUAAUAAUUCUGAUAAUGCAUCAGGGAUGCAUAAUUUUUGUCUUUAAACAUAUGCAAAAUGUUUUCCAAAUUUUAAAUAAAAAGAGUUUUUAAAAAGUGUGUAAAAAAACUACUAGGAAGAGAUGUGUGGUCUGCUACAGUUUUUAGUUUGUUACUUUGUGGUAUUUGUAUGUGUUUUUUAAUAAACAACAUUGUUUUUGGGGUAAAAAAAAGUUGGCGCUACCCUUUUCUUUUUUUUCUUUUUAAUUUGGAAUCAACAAUUGUUUUUCUUAUUUUCUCCGCAAUUUCAAGUGUACAAUUAUUUUUAUUUCAACCUGGCUCACCGCUGCCACCCCCGCGCUGACUCGAGGGAGACGAAGAUGGACACGCGUCCUCCAAAACGUGUGCCGUCAGCCGUCUGCUUCUUUUCACUCUGCAGGCCCGCCAUGCAACCACCUCGGAGCUACAGCGUCGGAGGACCACGCAGCUCCGGGUAGCUUACAGGAAGGCCCACAGGCACCCGGUCAGCCUACAGGGGUCGCUGGUGAACGGUGAGCCGACCUAGACCCUCCCCACCCAGGCGCCGCUCGGCCAGUUGUGCGCCGCCCCCUGGGAACUCCCGUCCACGGUCGGCUGUGGAAUAGCCUGGACCCAAACCGCGAUCUCCAGGCUAUAGCCACGCGGACUGCAUAUACCGGAUGUGCUACUCGGGAGCCCCAGCGUCAUCCGUUUCUAUUUGUAUUUUUUUUUUACAGUGUUCUGAAUAGUUUGUGGGAUUUUUAUAGGUCUGUAAUUGGAAGAUAUUUAAAAGGUGUACAUAUACAGUAGUGUAACCCCUUAAAAAGAUGCAAAGCUGAGGGUUGCACAAUUGGUGUUAGAGACCGUAUUGUACUUGUUCAAAAGCACAUUGUGCAGUACAUACACACACUUUAAAAAUACAUGCAAAUACAGUUCACACGUGUUUUUGUAAAGGUGUGAGAAACUGUUAAAUAAACAAAGACACUGUAACUAUGUCUUCUUAUCUGUGACCAUGUUGGUCUUUUACAGAAUUCCCUUAAAAAGGUCAUUUCACUGUAUUAAUGUGAACCUUUCAGAAAUGGGCUCAUAUAUUAAUGCAGACUUUGUACAGUGUGUAGUUGUGUAUUUAAUUCUGAGCCCUUUAGACUAGUAUGAACAGUAUGAAAAUAAUU